AUGGGACAUGUGCCAUCCACGGCUCUGCAGUUGGUCAUCAACAACCCACGGAGUUUGGUGCAUGUCUAUGAACUUGACGCGGAACUUGGGAAGGGCGCCUUUGGCACGGUCCGACUUGGUUGCAUUAGAGCUACAGGAGCCAAGCGGGCCAUUAAAACAAUCAGCAGAGAGAAGAUGAAGGAAAGCCAAGGAUCGCUGAAGCUGGAAAUUGAAAUUAUGAAGAUGCUGGAUCAUCCUGGCAUCGUCAUGCUCUUUGAGGUCCUGGAGGAUGAAGAUGUUCACCUCUCGAUGGAACUCUGCGAAGGAUGUCUGACGGAUCGGGUGAAAGCGAAACCGCACAAGCACCUUCCGCAUGAUGAACUCCAAACUGCGAUGCAUCAAGUCUUCUCGGCCAUUUACUAUCUUCAUAACAAGAACAUCAUUCACCGAGACUUGAAAUCUGACAACAUUCUCCUGAAAGUUGGUCCAAAUGAGAGGUUGACAAGGACCAGCCUAAAGGUCUCAGAUUUCGGUCUGUCGCGGAUUGUGAAAGAUGGUGAAUAUUUGUCUUCCGUCGCUGGGACACCUAGCCACAUGGCACCAGAGGUUCAUGACAGGCGAUGCAACCAUAAGAGUGACAUUUGGAGCUGUGGGGUCAUUCUCUAUUUCCUCUUUUGUGGGGAGUUGCCCUUCAAGGAUGAGGAAGCGACCAAGAAAGGUCAAUAUAAGGUGAGUGGCCCUUUAUGGGACAAGGCAGACUUACACAUGUUGACUUUUCUCAGCAUGCUGCUCUGCAAACGCUCGGGCUUGCGCUAUUCGGCUAGGAGAGCCCUAAGGGAUGACUGGCUGCGCUUACGCAGUGCUUCCAGAUCUUUUUCGACGAAAGAUUCCAAACGCAAAGGUCUUUUGGAGGAUCUUCGAUCAUUUCGUGCCUUGAACAAGUUCAAACGAGCUGUGAUCUGCACUGCUGUUUCGAUGCUACCAGAGCAGGAGAUUGCCGAAAGUCGGAAUAUUUUCAUGUCGUUGGAUGCGGACGGUGAUGGAAUGGUCUCAGCUCAAGAUCUUAAAAAGGCAGGCAGUUUAGCAGUUGGCUUUGAAGAUCAGGUCUUGUCUUCACGACAAGUGAGACAAGCUUGUGGCGUCACGGACAAGUUCGAAAGCUUUGUGUCAACCAGGGCAUUUGGCUACACCGAAUUCUUGGCCGCCACCAUUGACCCUGACGUCUACCUCGACAACAAGGUGUUGCAAGCGACCUUUAGUUGCUUUGAUCGAGAUGCUGAUGGAGAUAUCUCAUUGUCUGAGCUCUCAAAUGGCCAUCUAUUGGGUGCCCUUUCGAUGGAAGAACUCCAUGAGAUCAUGGCUUGGUGUGAUUUGGACGGCAACAUGCAGAUCGAUUUUCCAGAGUUUGAGGCGAUGAUGCGCAGCGCCUAG